GGAAGUCUUGCGGAGUGCUCAGCUGGGGCCAGGUGGGAGCAGCUGACAGUUGGCGGGGCUCGGGCCAGUUCCAGAUUCCUGGAACAACCAUGUCGCCAGCUAUGCGUGUGCCAGAUGCACAGCGCUGCUCAAGCGGAGCUGCUGUCUGAAUUCUCCGUGAAUGUGGCAAAGAGGAAUGCAUGCUGGAACAGUGCCAACAAAGAGAAAUAUGUGAUCGGGAGACCUUCUGUUACCUUCCUCCAGCAUGGACUUCCUGGUUCUCUUCUUGCUCUACCUGGCCUUCUUAUUGAUUGGUGUUGUCACGAUCUGCAUCUUCACAAAAAACCAGCGUUUGAAAGGCCUGGUCCUUCGAGGAGCACAGGUAUGCUCCUGCAUAAUCCCGCAACGCCUCCAGAGGGCCGGGCAGAGGCUUCUCCAUCAACUCUUCCACACACGCAACCCCACCUUCAUUGUCUUGCACCUGCUCUUGCAAGCGCUAGUUUACGCCGAGUACACCUGGGAAAUCUUUGGCUACUGCCAGGAGCUGGAGUUCUCUCCGCCUUGCCUUCUGCUGCCCUAUGUGCUGCUGAGCGUGAACCUGGUGUUCUUCACCCUGACGUGCUCCUCCAACCCUGGCACUGUCACUAAAACCAAUGAGUCAUCGCUUCUGCAAGUCUAUGAAUUCGAUGAUGUGAUGUUUCUAAAGAACUCCAGAUGCUCCACUUGCGACUUAAGGAAGCCAGCCCGGUCCAAGCACUGCAGGGUGUGUGAGCGGUGUGUGCACCGUUUUGAUCAUCACUGUGUUUGGGUGAACAACUGCAUUGGGGCCUGGAACACCAGCUACUUCCUCGUCUACCUCUUGACACUGACUGCGUCUGCCGCCACCAUAGCCAUUGUGAGUGCUGCCUUUCUGGUCCGCCUAGUGGCAUUGUCGGGUCUGUGCCAGGGAACUUACAUUGACGACCUUGGGCAUUUCCAGUCUAUGGACACCAUCUUUCUUAUUCAGUAUCUGUUCCUGGCCUUUCCACGGAUUGUCUUCCUGCUGGGCUUUGUCAUGGUACUGAGCUUGCUCCUGGCCGGCUACCUGUGCUUUGCUCUGUACCUGGCUGCCACCAACCAGACCACAAAUGAGUGGUGUAGAGGUGACUGGGCCUGGAGCCAGCACUGCCCUCUGGUGGCCUGGGCCCUAUCGGCCACGCCCCACGUUUACCAGAACGUUCACUCCCGAGGGGUUUGGAGCAACCUUCGAGAGGUCUUUCUACCCGCCACCCCCUGUCCUGAGAAAAAGAGGAACUAGAAUGGGAGGUGUUCCUGUCUUCUGAAUACAGUACAUAUCACUGCU